AUUAAGCCGACACGCACGUGUUUUUCCGGCCGGACUCAUUUCGCAGAGACGCACGUUAUAAUGGCAACAUGUAGCGAAGGUAUUGAAGAAGUGAAUGACCCGGGAGCUGCCCCUUACGGAAACUUUAGAAACUACUACACCUUUAAUCCUCCUGGGAACCGAUUGAGUCUGAUUCCAGCAACUCUCCUGCGGGAUUUAGGGUACGAGGACGGUCAGGGCGAGGAGGACAUGUUGGUKCUGGACGUGGGCUGUAACUCCGGGGAACUGAGUGUGGCCUUCUACAACCAUGUUGUGCAGCAGCCAGAAGAGGCGACACACAGAAGGAAAGUUCAUCUCCUGGGAUUCGACUUGGAUGAAACUCUGAUUCAGCGAGCGCAGGAGAGGAACCCUCUGCACGGCAACAUCACCUUCCUGCAGCUGGACAUCACCAAGAGCACGGACCAGCUGCAGGACUACCUCAGGCAGCACAGCUGCUCCCACUUCCACCUCUGUCUGUGCCUGGCUGUCACCAUGUGGGUCCACCUGAACCACGGGGACUCGGGUCUGCUGCGGUUGCUUUCACAGCUGGCCUCGGUCAGCCGGCACCUCCUGCUGGAGGCUCAGCCCUGGAAGUGUUACCGCUCGGCCGCCCGGCGGUUGCGGAAGCUGGGCCGCUCGGACUUUGACCACUUCAAGGCCCUGAAGAUCCGUGGCAAUGUAGCAAAACAAAUCAGCGAGCACCUGGAGGGACACUGCGGCAUGCAGCUCGUCCAGAGCUUCGGCAGCACAUCGUGGGACCGUCAGCUGCUGCUUUUUAAACAGAAAUGAAACAACAGACUCAAUUUUUACUGCACUGCAUAUGGACUGCAGGAAUACAAAAAAAUAUUUAUGCUGAUGACUAGAUAUUGAUUUUACUCUUAAAAUGCUUCCUUUUUAUASAAAUAAAAAAAUUAAUAUUUUGUUCAGAA